AGCAGAGUCCGCCCCUCUCUCUGGGUACAGCUAAUAACCUCUAAUUACUGCUCAUUACCUCGCCCGCUCCGCAGGGGAGGGACUGCCGGGGAACUCAGGAGUCAGAGGUCCGGUGCUUUAACCCCUCCCUUAAAGCCGGAUCCACCCAGAACCUCUGUUUCCUCGCCUGCGAACCGGGAAUUUAAAGAGCACUUGCUACCUAGAGUCGUGGAGAUUUCAACCAUCUAUAUAUUUAAAUCGCUUAGCGGAGAGACUGCAUUUUGUAGGCACCCCAUAAAUGGUGGCUGCGAUUUUAUUGUUAACUAGUAUUGUUAGCACUUUUCCUUUAAGCCCCCUUCACUGCCCAGACGGGGUCUCAGAGUGGGCCCAUCCUUUUCCCCGUAGGCCGCGUUCCUGCUGUCUGGGCGCCCCGGGUGGGCCGUGGCGAUCAGGGCGGCCCUGUCCUGGGUUCUGAGGGAGGAGGGCCCAGGCGCGGGGCUCAGGGAGGGGAAAGGGCAGGGAAAGCUCAGUGGAGGACGGAUCCAGGCUAGGCAAAUAAGUCUGUCCGUUACCUAGGACAUGUGUCUGACCCAUCCUGCCGUCGACUUAGAACCCAAAUCCCCUUGUCUACCCCUAGGCAAGACUAUCAAGUCACCUACACUGGGAAGAACCCUUUAGUGUUGUUCCCCCUCCAAGUCCAUAGAAUAUAUUAAGACCUGCCCCUCUCCUGCGCAAAGGCUCUGAUCAUAAUGUGGCUAGACAGCAGAAUUUCUUUCAGCCGAAGGGAAGGGACGAGAAUGCGCCUGUACAACAGGGUGGGGCAGCUCCGCCUCCGAUGAAAAGGAACGACGGUGAAGUCUCCGUUACCCCAAAAAGAGCUCGGGGAGGAGGGGAGGCGAAGCCACCCUUGGGAUGCGCAAGGCUGGCCCAGACUGACCCCUAGCGGCAGGCUGGCGCCCGAAAGCUUCCCGGAUCUAAGAUGGAGGGUCUGAAGCCCUAAGCUGGUGCCGGGAGGAGAUCACGUGUCCAGGGCGGGGCCUGCGCUUAGGGGGCGGGGCGGCGCUCUAGGCCGAGCGGGAGGUCGGGGCUGCGGGCGCUCGCUGGUGGCUGCUCUGGACGCCGCUGCGGUGGCAGGGCUCCGCGGCCGGGGUUGAAUCCAAUCGGGAGCCAUGAGCGUGGACAAGGCCGAGCUAUGCGGGUCUCUGCUCACCUGGUUGCAGACGUUCCAUGUCCCGCCCCCCUGUACCAGCCCCCAGGAACUGAGCAGUGGCCUCGCAGUAGCCUAUGUGCUGAACCAGAUAGACCCUUCCUGGUUCAACGAGGCAUGGCUCCAGGGCAUCUCAGACGACCCAGGUCCCAACCGGAGGUUGAAGGUCAACAAUCUGAAGACAAUCUUACAGAGCCUGGUGGAGUACUCCCAGGAUGUCCUGGGGCAUCCCAUUUUGGAGCAGCACCUUCCAGAUGUGAGCCUUAUUGGCGAGUUCUCCGACCCAGAAGAGCUUGGCAAGCUGCUUCAGCUGGUGCUGGGCUGUGCUAUCAGUUGCGAGAAGAAGCAGGAGCACAUCCAGAGAAUCAUGACGCUAGAGGAAUCAGUUCAGCAUGUGGUGAUGGAAGCCAUCCAGGAGCUCAUGACCAAAGACACCUCUGACUCCCUGUCACCGGAAACAUAUGGGAACUUUGAUAGCCAGUCCCGCAGGUACUACUUCCUGAGUGAGGAGGCUGACGAGGGUGACGAGCUGCGGCAGCGCUGUCUGGACCUGGAGCGGCAGCUCCGGCUCGUCUGUAUGCCCUGCCCACAGCUGGUACUCCUGUCAGAGGAGAAGCAGAGCCUGGUUCAGGAAAAUGAGGUGCUGAGGGAGCGGGUGGGCCGGUCCGAGGGUGAGGGUGCCACCGGCCUCACCUCCAAGAAGCUGCUGCUGCUGCAGUCCCAGCUGGAGCAGCUGCAGGAAGAGAACUUCAGGCUGGAGAGCGGCAGGGAGGACGAGCGCGUGCGCUGUGCUGAGCUGGAACGGGAGGUCGCCGAGCUGCAGCAGCGGAACCAGGAGCUGACCAGCCUGGCCCAGGAGGCACAGGCCCUGAAGGACGAGAUGGACGAACUUCGGCAGUCGUCAGAGCGCGCAGGGCAGCUGGAGGCCACGCUGAGCAGCUGCCGGCGCCGCCUGGGCGAGCUGCGGGAGCUGCGGCGGCAGGUGCGGCAGCUGGAGGAGCGCAACGCCGGCCACGCAGAGCGCACGCGGCAGCUGGAGGAAGAGCUGCGCCGGGCCGGCUCCCUGCGCGUCCAGCUAGAGGCGGAGCGGCGGCAGGUUCAGGAAUUGCAGGGCCAGCGGCAGGAGGAGGCCAUGAAGGCCGAGAAAUGGCUAUUCGAGUGCCGCAAUCUGGAAGAAAAGUAUGAGUUGGUGUCAAAGGAGAAGGAGCGGCUGCUGGCAGAACGGGACUCCCUGCGGGAGGCCAAUGAGGAGCUGCGCUGCGCCCAGUUGCAGCCUCGCGGGCUGACCCAAGCCGACCCUUCACUGGAUCCCACCUCACCGGCUGUGGAAAACUUAGCAGCCGAGAUCCUACCUGCGGAGCUCAGGGAGACGCUCCUACAGCUUCAGCUGGAGAACAAGCGCCUGUGCCAGCAGGAGGCGGCCGACCGGGAACGGCAGGAGGAGCUGCAGCGCCAACUGGAGGAGGCCAACCGCGCGCGCCACGGCCUGGAGAUGCAGCACCGGCUGAACCAGCAGCAGCUGUCGGAGCUGCGGGCCCAGGUGGAGGACCUGCAGAAGGCCCUGCAGGAGCAGGGGGGCAAGACUGAAGAUUCAACCCUGCUGAAGAGGAAGCUGGAGGAGCAUCUGCAGAAGCUGCAUGAGGCAGAUCUGGAGCUGCAGCGGAAGCGCGAGUACAUCGAGGAGCUAGAGCCCCCUGCCGAUAGCAGCACAGCCCGGCGUAUCGAGGAGCUGCAGCACAACCUGCAGAAGAAGGACGCGGACUUGCGGGCCAUGGAGGAGCGGUACCGCCGCUACGUGGACAAGGCGCGCACAGUCAUACAGACCCUGGAACCCAAGCAGCGGCCACCUGGGGGGGCUCCUCCGGAACUCCACACCCUGAGGACACAGCUUCGAGAGCGGGAUGUCCGCAUCCGGCACCUGGAGGUGGGUGUCCUUGUCCCUUCUCACUGUCCUCAGCAUAUCCAGGUCCUUGACUAUUGCCUCCUUAGCAGAUGGACUUUGAGAAGAGUCGAAGUCAGCGAGAGCAGGAAGAAAAGCUGCUCAUCAGUGCCUGGUAUAAUAUGGGCAUGGCUCUGCAGCAGCGAGCCGGGGAAGAGCGGGCACCUGCCCAUGCCCAGUCAUUCCUGGCACAGCAGCGGCUGGCCACCAAUGCUCGCCGCGGACCCCUGGGACGCCUAGCACCCCUGAAUAUGCGCCCCACUGACAAGCAUUGAUGGAUCUCAGGAUCCUGCCACCUGUCCAGCCAAUCAGGGCUUAAUCCACCCUGGAUUCCCCUGACUCACAUGGGGCCCAGCAUUAUGCCUCAGCCAGUUGCUUGAGAGCCUUGAAGUCAUAAUCUCUGCCCUUUUCUCUCCCAGGUGGGACGAGAGUGCAGGAUGAGGCGGGAGGCAGGAAUGGGCCUAUUCUUUUUAGCAAUGUGAUUCUUAUUCUUGAUUUUAGUGAGCUGCCAGGGGAGAGAGUGAUUUUAUAUUUGAGAAGAAAGAUAAUAAAGACUUUCAAUCUGA